AUGAGAUCGAUCCAGGCUCUUAUAGGCUUAGUCCUAGGCCUGGCUACGCUGACCUUCACAGCCCCAGUCAACAACGUCGUCAACGGUCCAGAGCAGCCACAGAAGACCCCAGGAGAACUAUACCUCCUCCCUCCCUCAGACCUCCUCACUCCCUCAGACCUCCUCUCUCCCUCAGACCUCCUCUCUCCCUCAGACCUCCUCACUCCCUCAGACCUCCUCUCUCCCUCAGACCUCCUCUCUCCCUCAGACCUCCUCCCUCCCUCAGACCUCCUCACUCCCUCAGACCUCCUCACUCCCUCAGACCUCCUCUCUCCCUCAGACCUCCUCUCUCCCUCAGACCUCCUCUCUCCCUCAGACCUCCUCACUCCCUCAGAUCCACAGACUCAGACCUCCUCACUCCCUCAGACCUCCUCCCUCCCUCAGAUCCACAGACUCAGACCUCCUCACUCCCUCAGACCUCCUCCGUCCCUCAGAUCCACAGACUCAGACCUCCUCACUCCCUCAGACCUCCUCUCUCCCUCAAACCUCCUCUCUCCCUCAGACCUCCUCUCUCCCUCAGACCUCCUCUCUCCCUCAGACCUCCUCACUCCCUCAGAUCCACAGACUCAGACCUCCUCACUCCCUCAGACCUCCUCACUCCCUCAGAUCCACAGACUCAGACCUCCGUACUCCCUCAGACCUCCUCACUCCCUCAGACCUCCUCACUCCCUCAGACCUCCUCAGACCUCCUCUCUCCCUCAGACCUCCUCUCUCCCUCAGACCUCCUCACUCCCUCAGACCUCUUCACUCCCUCAGACCUCCUCACUCCCUCAGACCUCCUCACUCCUUCAGACCUCCUCACUCCCUCAGACCUCCUCACUCCUUCAGACCUCCUCACUCCCUCACUCCCUCAGAUCCACAGACUCAGACCUCCUCACUCCCUCAGACCUCCUCUCCCCCUCAGACCUCCUCACUCCCUCAGACCUCCUCACUCCUUCAGACCUCCUCACUCCCUCAGACCCACAGACUCAGAAACCACCAGCGUUACUCCGCGCACCCUGCCGCUUCCAUACCGGGAACGGGACUUCUGUCUGCCUGCCGUUGUCUGCCUGCCGCUGUCCACCCUUCUCCAUGCCUCCACUCACGCCCCUCUGUGCUGUUCGUUGCCCAUUGCUUUGGCCUUACGCCACACUUCAACGCCACACUUCAACGCCACGCUUCGACGCCGCCACGCUUCGACGACGCCACGCUUCGACGCCGCCACGCUUCGACACCGCCACGCUUCAACGCCACACUUCGACGCCGCCACACUUCGACGCCGCCACGCUUCAACGCCACACUUCGACGGUGGCCCCACGCUUUGACGCCGCCACGUCGGUGGCCCCACGCUUCGACGCCGCCACGUCGGUGGCCCCACGCUUCGACAACGCCACGUGGGUGGCCCCACGCUUCGACGACGCCACGUGGGUGGCCCCACGCUUCGACGACGCCACGUGGGUGGCCCCACGCUUCGACGACGUCACGUGGGUGGCCCCACGCUUCGACGGCGCCAUGUGGGUGGCCCCACGCUUCGACGACGCCACGUGGGUGGCCCCACGCUUCAACGCCACGUCGGUGGCCGCACGCUUCGACGACGCCACGUCGGUGGCCGCACGCUUCGACUCCUCCUCCACGCUUCGACUCCUCCUCCACGCUUCGACUCCUCCUCCACGCUUCGACUCCUCCUCCACGGCGCACGCUUUGACGCCGCACGCUUUGACGACGCCGCACGCCUCGACGACGCCGCACGCCUCGACGACGCCGCACGCCUCGACGACGCCAACGCACGCCUCGACGACGCCGCACGCCUCGACGACGACGCCGCCGCACGCCUCGACGACGACGCCGCCGCACGCCUCGACGACGACGCCGCCGCACGCCCCGACGACGCCGCACGGCUCAACAACGCCGCACGCUUUGACGCCGGCGCACGUCGGCGGCCGCACGCUUCAUCGCAGCUCGUCGGCGGCCGCACGCUUCAUCGCAGCACCCUGCAGCAACCAUACGUCCCCCCCCCCAGCCUGCAGCAGCCUUACGUCUCCCCCUGAGCCUGCAGCAACCAUACGUCCCCCCCCCCCAGCCUGCAGCAGCCUUACGUCUCCCCCUGAGCCUGCAGCAGCCAUACGUCCCCCCCCCCCAUUCUGCAGCAGCCUUACGUCUCCCCCUGAGCCUGCAGCAGCCAUACGUCUCCCCCCCCAUUCUGCAGCAGCCUUACGUCUCCCCCUGAGCCUGCAGCAGCCUUACGUCUCCCCCCGAGCCUGCUGCAGCCUUACGUCUCCCCGGGAGCCUGAAGCAGCCUUACGUCCCCCCCCCAGCCUGCACCAGCCAUACGUCUCCCCCCCGAGCCUGCAGCAGCCUUACGUCUCCCCCUGA